AGACGACGACGACUGGGCAAAAAUCCCUCCCCCUCUCCGCCGGCCAGCCCAAUGCCUCCCUCCGCGCUCCCCCUCCCGCUCCCCGCCGCCCUCCGCGGCGGCAGGCCGUCGGAUGCCCGCCGCCGGGGCCGCCUCUUCACCCUCGCGCUGGCCCUCCUCCUCGCGGCCCUCGCCCUCGCCGCCUACCUCUCCUCCCCCAGCGCCGCGCGACCGCUCGCCGCCGCGGAGGCCGGCCGGCGCUGCGGUGGAAUCCAGGGCCUCGAGCUCUGGGGCCCCGCGCUCAACUGGGGCUCCGGCCACCGCCUGCCCUCCGCCGCCGCCUGCUGCGCCGCCUGCAGGGCCCACCGCCGCUGCGACUCCUGGGUCUUCUGCGGGGACCGCCGCAGGUGCGGCAGCCGCUUCGGCGAGUGCUGGCUGAAGAAGCAGAACGAUGCCAUGGCCCCUGCUGUGAUCGCGAGGGGGGAGGAUGUCAUGUGGACCUCCGGCCUCGUCUUCGGAAAAUCGUCACAGGGGAUCGUGGGGCUGGAAACAAGUGCCGGCACGCUUCGCGUUCAAUUGCUGCCUGAUUGUGCACCCCAUUCUGUGGAUUACUUCAUCGAGCUGUUGCGCCUGCACAACUGCGCCGGAUGCAGAUUCUAUCGUGCCGAAGGCCGUGGGCACCUGUGGGACGCAAAAGGAGACCACGUAAAAAAUGCUGCAUUUGGUCCACCAUACGCGCUGCUGCAAGGGACACUGGAAGUCGACGGCGUGGCCUUCAAGGAGAUGCCGAAGGAAGGGUGCUCGACAGUGAGAAGGGGGUCCGUGGCGUGGAUCGGGUCAGGGCCGGAGUUCCUGAUCAGCCUGGCGGACCACGAGGAGUGGAGAGACGCCUACACGGUGUUCGGGUCCGUGGUGCCGGAGGACAUGGCCAUCGCCGAGGAGAUGGCGAUGCUCCCCACCAGCACAGACGUCUGGAGCGGUGUGACCGUCAGGCUGCUGAAGGACCCGGUGUAUAUCAAGGUGAAGAGGAGAAGCAACGCGACCGCCUACUGAGCUCGCCGGCGAUUUUGUUGUUCCUCUUCUUCUUUCACUUGAGAUGUCAAAAGAUAAGAACACAAAUUACAUGUCCAAAGGAAGAAAGAAAGAAAAAUAGAGGAGGUUUGGAAGAGAACUGUUACACCUGUGGA